AUGGAGAUCACAGGUCAUCACAUCGAUAUUCAAGCAGACACAGUUAUCAUACUCAAGAAUCCUCCCAAAAAUUUCGCUGUGUGGCGUGAGAGAACCGAAGACAAUGGCUCGCAAAUGGGCGAGAGCACCGACUCCAAUAGCGAAAACCAGUCGGCAGAAACGGAAGAUUUGGAAGAAGGCGAAGUCCACUACUUUGUCUCAUCGCGCCAUCUCAGCCUGGCCUCCAGAGUGUUUAGCAACAGUCUGAACGAUCCAAGGUGGAAGCAGGAAAAAGAACCCGACGGACUGUACUAUAUCAGCGCUUCUGGUUGGUGCGCGGAUGCCUUCCUCAUCUUGAUGAAUAUCUUCCACCUUCAGAACCAAGCCGUUCCCAAAACUGUUGACCUUGAGAUGAUGGCCAAAAUCGCCGUGCUAGUCGACUUCUAUGAGUGCGAGCGGGCUGUGGAGUGGCACACCUCCUGUUGGUUAACCGCUCUGCGGACUGAUCAUCCGCCCCCAGCAACCUAUUGCCGGGAACUCAUACUCUGGAUGUGUGUGUCGCGCGUGUUCGGCGUAUCUAGCUUGUUCAAAAACAUCACGCGCGUGGCAAUUCGGGAUGCGGACGAGCCCCUUCAAACACUCGGCCUUCCUUUGGACCAGGGGGCUCCGGAUAAGAAUUAUAUUUGCCAAAUAAACCGCAGGCGACUGAGUAUCAUCGAUCGUAUAGUUAACGGACUGUUUCAUGAGCUUGACACGUUUCGAAGCCCAGAGUAUGUGUGCCCGCAGGGUGCCUCCUUCUCAUUCGUGUGUGGCGCUUCCGUCCUUGGAGCCCUCACAAAGCACCUUGCAUCUACGCCUGGCGUGGGGGGCUUGGACGACUGUCCGUUGCCGCCGUUCUGGGGACUGUCGUGGGAAUAUUUGCGGAAACAGCUGAGCAGCUACAAGUCCUUGGAUCGGUAUUCACAGCCACGUCAGUCUUCGUAUGAUCAUUCAUACGAUUCGUAUCAUUUCGGCCGUAAACCCUCGCGCGAUCCUUCGGUUCAUUCUAAUACGGACCGCUGCGAUUUGCACAAUCGGAUGCAGGAGCUUAUGGAUUCGGUCAAAGCGGACACUGAAGGCUUGGAGCUGAAGCAAGCGUAUACCAGGGUGCCCGAAAAAUAUUGGAGCUAA